UCUCUCUGUUUUUCUCUCUCCGUCUCUCUCUCUCUCUUUCUUCUACAAUUCUCUACAACUACAAGAGAACCCAUUCCAUCCCUGACCGCCUCCACUCUUAGAAAACAAAUUCCUUUUUCUUUCUCUCCAAAAACACACAAGUCUCACACAACACACACACACACUGUCUCUCUCUCUCUCUCUAUCUCUCUCUCUCUGUUUCUCUGGUUUUGCUCUGUUUCUCUCUGUUUUCAAACACAUUUUAGAACAAAAUUUCCAAGACUCAAAACAGAAUACUCUGUAUUUUCAAGCUGGCGAUCGAAAAUCAAGAAACCACUGUUCGGGAAAUCAAGCCCAAGAAUAGGAGAAUCAUGGGCGCUGGAGGUCCUGAUGAAGAGGACAACAGGUGGCCUCCAUGGCUGAAACCUUUGCUCAGAGAGAGCUUCUUUGUUCAAUGCAAGUUGCACGCUGAUUCCCACAAGAGUGAAUGCAAUAUGUACUGCUUGGAUUGCAUGAACGGUGCUCUCUGCUCUCUCUGUCUCAAUCACCAUAAGGACCACCGUGCUAUUCAGAUAAGGAGGUCCUCAUACCAUGAUGUGAUUAGGGUCUCUGAGAUUCAGAAAGUUUUGGACAUUACAGGAGUCCAGACCUACAUUAUCAACAGUGCCAGGGUUGUGUUCUUGAACGAACGCCCUCAGCCAAGGCCUGGCAAAGGUGUCACCAACACAUGUGAGGUCUGCGAGCGCAGCCUCCUUGACUCAUUCCGCUUUUGCUCUCUCGGUUGCAAGAUUGUGGGGACAUCCAAGAAUUUCCAAAAGAAGAAGAAGCACUCAGCUGCAAUGGCGUCAGACUCGGAGGACUCAUACAGUAGUAGCAGCCAUGGAAGAGAGAAGAGCAUGGUUCGAGGCUUCACUCCCUCAACACCACCCCCAACUUCGGCUAAUUACCGAACGGCAAAGCGAAGAAAGGGAAUUCCCCAUCGUGCACCAAUGGGGGGGCUAAUCAUAGAAUACUAGAAGCACUACAUAUAUAUUCCGUUCAUUACUGUUAGUACCCCCACAUAUACAGUGUAGUCCUCUCGUGGUCAAGAUCCUAUGCAAUAGGUAGUUUAUUGUACGGGAUGCAAUACCUUAUAAUUGAUGAUUAGGAGCAAAUGUUAAUUACUUAGAAUUUUUCACAGCCGUCUUAUUAGGCAUAUAAUUGCUUUGAUCAGAUGGCUGUGAAGAAAAGUUUUAACUUUUGCUCUCAGUCGUCGCCUAUAGUUUUACUAUAUCUCGUGCAAUAAGCUCGGUAUUAUACGGAAUAUACUUCUCCAAGCUAAUCUAGUCUCCAAUGCUCAGUGCUUUUUGCACCCCGAAAGGCCGGUGUUGGAAAAUGGGUCACCCCGCAGUGUUGUCUACCUCUUUUUAGUAUUUGUACAUACAAGUAGAAGAUAAAGUUGGGAAAUGUGGAAAAAUAAUAAGACAAAUCUGAAGGAUUACUCUGGGGUGGUCGGUGAAGCAAUAGGGAAUAUAAAAAUAAGCUUUCUUUUUUUCUUUUCUUUUAUUUUCUUUUUAUUUUUAGUUGGAAGAAUAUAUAUAGGGAUGGUUAUUAGAGUGAUUAUACGUAAGUUUUGGGGUUUUGUUGAAAAUGUAAA